AUGGCCAAGCACAUCCUCAUAACCGGCGCCUCCGGCUUCGUCGGCCAGGAGCUGGCCGCAGCGCUCCUCGACUCCUCGCCCGACGUGCACCUCACCCUCACCGACGUCGCGGCGCCCAAGACCCCCGCGGGCGCCACCGAUCCCUCGCGCAUCACGUCGACGCAGACGGACCUGACGGACCCGGCCGCGGCGCGCUCCCUCCUGGACACGCAGAAGUGGACGGCCAUCUACACGCUCCACGGCAUCAUGUCGUCGGGCGCCGAGGCCGACUUCGCGCUGGGCUACCGCGUCAACCUCGACGCCCACCGGCACCUCUACGACCACCUCAUCGCCACGCAGCCGGGCGCCACCGUCGUCUUCACCUCCAGCACCGCCGUGUACGGGCCGCCGUCGACCGCGGGCGGGCCCGACCACGUCUUCUCGGAGCGCACGCUGCCGCAGCCGCAGAGCAGCUACGGCACGCAAAAGUUCGUCGUCGAGUGCCUGCUCAACGACUACGCGCGGCGGGGCUUGCUCGACGCGCGCGUGGUGCGCCUGCCGACCGUCAUGGUGCGGCCGGGCGCGCCCACGGCGGCCGCGUCCAGCUUCGCGUCGGGCAUCGUGCGCGAGCCGCUCAACGGGGCGCGGGCGGUGCUGCCCGUCGACCGCCGGCUGCGCAUGUGGGUGUGCUCGCCGCGCACCGUCGUGCGCAACCUCGUCGCCGUCAAGGACGUCGCCGCCGCCCGCUUCGGGCCCUUGUCCCGCACCGUGAACCUGCCCGGCGUCACCGUGCGCAUCGCCGACGUGCUGGACGCGCUGGAGCAGGUCGGCGGCCGGGACGCGCGGGCGCUGGUCGAGGAGAAGGUCGAUCCCGUCAUCGAGAAGAUUGUGCUGAGCUGGCCGGAGCGCUUUGACAUCGAGCGCGCUCUGGGCCUGGGGCUGGAGGAGGAUGGGACGUUGAUCGAGACGGUCAAGGCGUAUGCGGAUAGCCUGAAGAAAUGA